AUGGCAAUUGGAAGGUUACAAGAUGAGAAGGUAACAUUGCGAAAACAAUCAUAUAGAAUAGCACCAAAUACACCUAGUAUUGUUAAUACUAGUAGACCUUUUAAUUCUAGAGAACCUAUAUCAUCUUCAAAACCCAUGACAGAAACUCCAGUUGUUAGAAGAUUAACUCAGGCUGAAGCUGAAGAAAGAAGAAAGCAACAACUAUGUUAUAACUGUGAUGAAAAGUGGCACCGAGGUCAUCGCUGUAAAACUCAUACAUUGUUCUUAAUUGAUAGAUAUGACAAUCAGGAUGAAGAUAAUGGUACAGAUGAAGUUGCUAUAGAAGAAGAAUCUGAAAAAGAAGCUGUCGAGAUUUCUAUGCAUGCACUUGAUGGAUCAUUAGCUCCACAAACCAUGUGGGUACAAGGAGAAAUUAAGAAGGCUAAAGUUACCAUACUUAUCGAUUCUGGAAGUACCCAUAAUUUUGUUGAUUCUGCGAUACCUAAAAGAAUGGGAAUUAAGAUAAUUAAAGAUGAGACUUUUGAGGUGUUGGUAGCUAAUGGUGCUAGAAUGACUUGUGACGGAAGAUGCUUGGAUAUGGAUUAUAAGUUAAAUAAAUAUGGGUUCAAAGGAAAUUUUUAUGUAUUGCCACUUGGGGGAUGCGAUGUGGUUCUGGGAGCCCAAUGGUUAGAAACGUUGGGUCCCAUAACUUGGGAUUUCAGACAUUUAACCAUGGAUUUUAAGAGGGAUGGUGAACGUAUUCGACUAGAAGGAGAUAAGAAAAAUAAAGUAAAGUUAGCCAACAUCAAUAGCAUCCAGAAACUCUUAAAUAAGGGAUCAACUGGGUUCUUUUGCAAAAUCAACCAAUGUAUAGAAGCACAAAUUAGUCAAGAAACACCAGGGGAGAUACAAGAAUUAAUUGAAAAGUUUGGUGAGGUGUUCUCGGUACCCACAAUGCUGCCACCUGUGAGAAACCAUGAUCACCGCAUAACGUUACAACCUGGGAGUGCUCCAAUCAAUGUACGACCUUACAGGUACGCACAUUACCAGAAAGUUAAGAAAAAAGAUGGCACUUGGUGUAUGUGUGUUGAUUAUAGAGCUUUAAACCAGGCUACUGUCAAGGAUAAGUUUCCUAUUCCAGUCAUUGAUGAGUUAUUAGAUGAACUACAUGGAUCUUUAUUCUUUUCGAAGCUAGAUUUAAGAUCGGGUUAUCAUCAAAUUAGGAUAAAUCAAUUAAGAAAAUCUGUCUUGGUUUUCUUUGAUGAUAUUCUGAUCUAUAGUCCUACCUGGGAAGCACAUUUAUUGCACCUUCGUGAAGUAUUCCUGAUAUUAGAAAGCCAUCAACUUAAGGUCAAAUUAAGUAAAUGUUCUUUUGGUACUGAGAGGGUUGAGUAUUUGGGUCAUAUCAUCUCAAGAGGAGGAGUGGAAGCUGAUCCUAGCAAGAUACGGGAUAUGUUGGACUGGCCGUUACCAAGAACUGUCAAGGCAUUACGAAUUCCUAGGUUUGACAGGAUAUUAUAG